UCCCGCCAUCAAAAGCCCUAAUUUCCUCCUCCUCUCCCUCUCUCGUAGCCGCCGCCGGCUAGGGGCGUCGACGGCGGUGGUAUCCGGCGAAUCUGCAGCGCUUCCCGCCUGUUCUCGUUCCUCCUCUCUUCAAAGUGCACUGUAGAGAGCAAUGGCUAAUAUGGAGCAGAUGCCAGAAAACCUGGUGCAUGGAAAUAGGCAGCCUGCUAAGCCACGGAUCCUCUUGGCUGCUUCUGGGAGUGUUGCAGCUAUCAAGUUUGAGAGUCUUUGCCGUAGUUUCUGUGAUUGGGCCGAAGUGAAAGCAGUAGCCACCAAGUCAUCCUUGCAUUUUAUAGACAAAUCCUCACUUCCAAGGGAUGUAACUCUCUACAUUGAUGACGAUGAAUGGUCCAGCUGGAAAAAGAUUGGUGACAACGUACUGCAUAUUGAGUUACGGAAGUGGGCGGAUGUCAUGGUUAUCGCCCCACUGUCAGCAAAUACACUUGCCAAGAUUGCUGGGGGGUUGUGCGAUAAUCUACUGACAUGCAUCGUUCGGGCAUGGGACUACAACAAGCCUUUCUAUGUUGCACCAGCCAUGAACACAUUCAUGUGGAACAAUCCGUUUACAAAACUCCACCUUGAAACAAUAGACAAGCUCGGUGUGUCGUUAAUCCCUCCCAUCACCAAGAGAUUGGCUUGUGGUGAUUUUGGUAACGGCGCGAUGGCUGAGCCUUCUCAGAUUUAUACCACAGUGAGGCUCGCUAUGAAACCGAAACCAGUACAUGGGUCUAGUUAAGUUUUCAUCAUCAUGCUGAAGUGAUACUUUGGUUGCCAUCAAAGUUCCGUGUGUAAUUGGCUUAUGCGUUGUUUGUUAAUGACACUGCAUAAAGUCUUGAGGACUACAGUAAUUCUUGUCAUGUAAGAUGUAAGCAUCAAGUCUGUGGAUGUAGUAGCAUGCAUCCACAGUGUCUCUGUCCAUUUUUCCUACAAGAGGCUGAUAAUUUGUAAUUUCUUGUUGGGAUUCAGUAUUUUAACUUUUUUUUAAAAAGCAUAAAUUUAAGUUUUUGUGAGGUA